GUCUGUCGCACACGAAGUUGGUUGCGCGUGCUAGCAGGCAAUAUUAAUACUAGUCUUGCAGUCCACGCCUAGCCUGUUUGUGUAGUGUCGGCUGCGCCUCGUGCUUCUAGAAAGUCGAGCCUCGUGCGGUCGCAACACUCACGUUUUUCUCGUCGCUCGGCUUGAGAUUUCGGCGAUGCAGGCAGCCGUCGAGGAAACGUGCAGCCGCGGGUCGUGUUGCUUGUCCAAGUCGCAAUCUAGUCGAAACCAGUGCAAUGCGAUGUGAGGCGAUGAGAUGUCAAUCCAAGUCAAGUUAAGUCCAGUCAGUCACUUAGCCUGGGUAUGGUAGACAGAACGGUGGCGCAAUCGCGGGAUGAAUCAAUCAAUGGAUUGGAAUCUACAGGCGCUCAAAGCAAAAAAAGAUUUCAAUGAUAUCAAGGGGACGGACAAAAUUGGUUGGAUGGCGCCGGGUGAAGCGGCUGGAGCAGAUGCGGACUGGAUGGGGGAAAAGAAUUCCUUUACUGGACAAAACGCCUUUUACCAAGUUGUGGGUGGGAGGGAGAGAAAAGAGAAGGGACCAAUGCCAUGCAUGCAUGUACUGUACACUCGUGGACGUCUGGUUGCACGAGCAAGGUACACGCAGGUACACGCACGCCCAUGUACCACCCGACAGUACCAAUGGGAGACCCUCGCUUCACUCCCAGGUGCCUUGUGCAACCCCCAAGCAGGUACCCAACAGCGCCUGGUGAGACAGCCCGGGCAAAAAAGAAGAAAAAUAUGGACAGAAACUGGGAGCCGCCGCCACGGCCAUUACGAGCAAUCGAGGGCCUCGUACAGGUACUUGUCGUCGUCUGCAGUAAGCCUGGCCUGGGAGCAAACCUGUGGCCUGUCGGGGCUCCAGGUGGGCUACAGGGGGCCGCAGAGGGGGCGCUGGUGGGCUACAGUGGGGGCGGCCAGCGCCCAAGCGCUAUCCAUAGGCCCGCGAGCCCUGGAGCAGAGCGCCCAGAGGUGCCAAUGGGGCGCUGCGCAACGGCCAAGGGAGGGGCAUGGCAGCAAGGGUUCCAUGCUGCCUUUCCAUUGACGAGAAUUGGAUCCAACAACCGUGCUGCAUCUUGCUUUUUUCUCGCUUGCGUAUUCACUCAUCAGCAUGACGUCUGGUUGAGUUACAAUCUUCACGGCCAUGUUCCCGACCAGCUGGUAACAGUAUAAUAAGGUACAUGCAUAUGACAAGCGCCCGUACCCACAGAACUGCACGUACUGGUACCAAAGAUUUAGAAGUAUCUCCACGUAUUAGACACAAUAAGACAACGUGGAAUCUUCAAUGACAUGUAAUACUAGGACCUUAGGUAUUAAUAGAAGCACAGUUCAUGUAC